AUGCAAAGAUUGAUGAUACUCAUUCUUCUGAUGCUCUCUCCCUCCGGAGAGUGCUCUAAAAUGACCUAUCCCGCCGGAGAUGGGUCUGCUGGCAAUUUCUUCGAAAUUUCAACCUGCGAGUGCGCAGACGAAGGAACCGUCAAGUUGAAGGCUCCCGCAAGUUAUUUCCCGUACGGUUUGACGCAGCUUCAAAAGGCCAAGUUAGGAGAGCGCUUUUCGGAUUGUGGAUCGAUUGAAGUUGUUGAUGAAGCUAGUAAAACGUAUCUGGUCAUCACUAGCACUGUCAAGCCAAGUUGCGGGGUCGUUUACGUUGAUAACAAGCUUCAAGAGAUCGAAGCUGGAGGACUGAAGUUGACACUAGUCGAACUCGUUCUUGACCUUCAAAUAUCGGGCAAAAUCUUCCAGGCAGCAGUUUCGUGUUCUUGCCCCGAACCACAGGAAGGCUUCUUUCACACGGAUCAGACAUUCGUUGGCGAAUACUCUUACCCUUGUGUCAGUCCUCCUUGUUUCCACAGAAAUCCGACGUGGCUUUCAACCCCUGCUGAACAGGUUCUAGCGCAAGAUCCCUUGACCGAUCCAACUCCUGGAUUUGAAAACAUUGCUGUCGAAGGCGGAGGAGACGUGAUCCGAAUUUCCAAAACUUGGACCCAGUUUAGCGCUCGCGAAAGGAUCGAGUCAGAUAUGGGCACGCUCUAUAUCUUCAAGCUCAAAUUCUCGUUCGAGGAAAAUGGAGUUACCAAGGUCCAAGAAGUCUUUCAAAUAACACCACAGCCCGCGCGAUGGUCAAACUGGGGAGAAUGGGGAGACUGCGUCCUACCUGAAUACUCAUCCGGCGAACUCGAUGGAACAAAAACUAGAACUCGAGUUUGUGAGAAUCGGGACUUGAAUUCUGACUGGAAGGAGAAAUGUCCUGGUGAUUUGCUUGAAACUAAGACUUGCUUUGGAGGCUGCCGAUAUGAUGACGAACUCGAAGGAUCAACUCCAUGCGAGACACAUCCUGUUCACGUGGAAUGCUGUGCUGCAACCGCUGAAAUUCGCUUGCGUAAAAGGAGGAGCACGGCCGAACCCGAUUGUCCAACUGGCUUCGCCUACGAGGCCGAUAAUGACAAGAUUGGUUGUUUUGAAGAAGUCGAUUCCGGCUUCACUCUCGUCCCAGUUCUUUUCCCAAGCAACUACUUAUCGCGCGAUGUAGCGGAUUCAUCUCUUGUUGGAAAAAUCAUCUCUUUCAAAGCGCUCAAGACUCGUAGAUACCCGGCAGAACUGAUUCAGAAAAAGGACACGCGAAAGGUAAACGUCCGACUCUGGGUUCGAAAUGAUGCUGGCGCUUGUGUUGCUAUCUACGCCUGGCCGAAUUCGAUCAAAAUCAACGAGGAAAUCAGCCACAAUUACAACGUCGACCCUCGAGAAUUCACAAUCACAUUCGUCGAGAAUGACUUCCUCCUUUCUGAAUUAGAGCUUGAGCAGCUGAGUCCUAUCGACCGAUGUUUGAAUCUUCACAACUACGGAAGUGACAUGGUUCUCGAGUCGCACGAAGUUCUUUUCGCUCCCGGCGCAUGGCCCCUUACCAAGCUUCAGUAUCUUGCUGUUGAUGGCGACAAUCUUAAACAUGAAGAGAAGACGAUCACACUCAAAGAUGAAAAAUUCUGGUCAGUGGACGCUAAUAUUGAGACGAGCUUUCCUGACGACGAUACUUGGUUUUACGACACCUGUCCCGCAAUCGCCCAAUGUCCUGAGACCACCGGAACAUGUCCAGAAUGCAGUUCUAGCGAGGCCGUUUGCGAUCCCGAAACCUUCUUCGAUUUCGGUUCCAAGAUUGAAAUCGAUGACAGAACUGCUUACACGAACCAUCCUGUUUGUGCUACCACAAGUGGAGUCGUUAUUUCUCACUAUGUUCCUGAUGACUGGGCUUCAUGUGGCAGUUGCGCUGAUGAUCAAUGUAACACUAUCUCGUACCAAUGCAGACAAGGAACGGCUUUUCCAGCUGUGCAGGGAUGCCCGCCAAAUGGAUGUAGUAAACCGGCAUGCACCGACAUUCCGUGGUCGGAGUGGAGCGAGUGUGACAAGAGCACUUGUCUACGAGAAAGGACGCGUGACGUAACACUGGAAGCUCUUUAUGCUCUCGACUGCAAGCUUCCUGUUGACUUUCAGACUACAGAGACGAAGCCUUGUCAAGAUUCGCCACCAACAUGCGACUGGAACCUUGGAAUCGAAAUCGACUGCACUCCUGAUGCAGAAGUGCAGUUGGAAUCCUGUACUUCGUGCCAUUCUAACCGUAAUGCCAAUUGCAAGUACACGUCGAACAAAGAGCAGUGCUACGACAAUUGUAUUAAACACGUCGAAUGUGCCGAUUGCUGUACGAAGUUCUCUCUGAUGGAGUCCGUGAAUCAGAACCCUCCAAUCUGCAACACAGAUCAUCAAUGCUCAGCAGGCUUGAUGACUAAGCACAUGAAAUCAAGUUGCAAAGCGCUGACGACGGAGUUUCACGCACCUAUUCACCUUGAACUCUGCACAACAACGGACACAACUGAGUGCAGUCAGUGCCCCAGUGAUCUGAGCCUCUACGAAUGCGUCGAAGAAUCUUCUACUGAUCCACAGCCCUGCAUGGUCGAUGAGAACGGAAACGGCUUCAAACCAACGAAAAUCUGCUGGCUGAAGUCGAACUCCUUCCCGAAAACCGGAUACUGCGAAGUACAUGCUCCAUGCGAACCAGAACAAUGUCUUGGCCCGGAUAGCAAGAGCUGCUGUCACAGCGACACAAAAAGUUGCGAUUUGACCAGCCACAUCGACUCCAACUUGUGCUCUGGAUUGAAGAUGUGCAAAGACCGUCUUGGAAACGUGGUCUACGGAAAAAAACUUGACUGCUGCGCGGAUCUGCCAACUUGCUCAUCUGCUGAGGUCAAUGAAUGUAACCCAUGCAAUUAUCUGGCGAGCGAGUACAACUGUCUCUCUCCAUCGACAAAGACAAGAUGUCCGGACUUCAACUGUCAAGUCCUCGCAAACACUUGUCCCUGUUCGCCCGCUGGAAUUUGCCAUUUCGAUCCCGAAGCUGCCGACGUAGAAGUAAUGCGAAUUUCGAACACGCUCAUCCACCAAAUCGGCUUCGACCUUCCCGACAUUCGAUUCCAACGAUCAAUCAAGUUCUUCAUCGCCGGUUCACCCAGCAAUAACGGCAUCAAUGCUGACAACCCUUCCUGCUACAAAGACUAUGAACCUAACACCGACUUGCCAAUGACAUUUAGCCGUGCAGAGUUACAAGAGUGCGGCGUGCAGUUAAACAUCGAAAACAACAAACUGCAGUCUUUCUACGCGCAUAUCUUCGUCGACAAGCAAAACUACUUUGAAACGGUUUCAACGCACAGCGAGUUUGCCGAGUUGAACUGCAAGAGUUGGCAAGCCGAUUUGGAAGAAGACGCACGCGCAAUGUCAAAUUACGAAGCAACUCGUUUCACCGACUUUGCAGAAGGCGCUGUCAACGUCGAGUUCGAUCUUUCGACGAGCGAAGACUUCAGCACUAUACUGGAUGCCGAGGCAAAUACAGCUACAGUGGUUGUCGGCGAGUUCGUCUACGCUAGAAUCACUGGAGAUAGUCCAUUCCAAAUCGAGAGCUGUGAAAUCAUCGGCGCGGACGAUCAAGUCUUCAUGAUGCUCGACGGCGCUUGCCCAAGUCAUCAAGAUUGGAAAGAAACCUUCAUGUUCGAGUACAUCAAACAGGAAGAUGAUCUGAAGAUCUUCAAAUGGCAGUCAGUUAUUUUCCGGCAAGGCGAGAAGCACCAACAAGUUACUUACGCAUGCAGCGUCCGACCCUGUGAAGCAGGAUCAUGCGAUUCGUGUGAGAACAGGCGAAAACGUAGCGUCGAGGAUCUACAAAACAAGGCGCCUUCUUCAAACGUUGGAAUGCUUCUAGAUAUAUUCGCGACGCAAGAGGAACGUGAUAGAGUUCUCGGAGUCAAAGAAAUGCAACUCGCGAAGGACGUCGGAGUCACCAUCACCGCUGCUAUCAUGUUCCUGACAUCAAUGGUUGGUACUCUGAUGUAUUUCUUCUCCGAUCCUAGCUUCAACUCUCGGCGAGGAUUCUACCCGGUCAUCAAUCCUUGGGCCACGCUCCAGAAGGUAUUCUUGCGCCGAGUGACCCAGCCAACACCCGAAGUUGCCCCAAACGAGAACAACUUCAUCAAAAACGCCGACAUGAUGCUCCAGCCAGACGCCGACUUUGUCAUCAAAUGUCUCACGCCUCCUCAAGCUCAGAAACCGCGACAUGAAGACUUUGAGGAAUGA